UUCGUUCACCCUUCGAUUUUCUACUGGUGGUGAUCAACUGGCGUGAAGUAAUAUUGAGUGAAGUUAAUUAUUGUAGUAAUGUGAAUUUAAACUACUUCUAUUAAAAAUAUCAUAAGAAUAAAUAAUCUACGUAUUCUAUAAUAAAUAAAAAUUGAAAGUGAUCUUAUCUUUCUGAAAUGCAGGGCCAGCGGAUUGUAGUGCAUACUAAUAAUCAAAUAAAUUCUUCUAACAAGGGAUUCUCAUUUGGAAGCCCGCUAAUAUUGAAAAUGAAUGAUUCUAUUGCUAUGUCUUCAGUUGGAUUAUUAGAACUUGCUCAUCGUGAAUAUCAAGCUGGAGAUUAUGAUAACGCCGAAAGACAUUGUAUGCAAUUAUGGAGACAAGAUCAAACAAAUACGGGCGUUCUUUUAUUGUUAUCAAGUAUACAUUUUCAAUGUAGGAGAUUAGAUAAAUCUGCUCAAUUCAGUACAUUGGCAAUUAAACAAAAUCCUCUAUUGGCUGAAGCUUAUAGUAAUCUUGGGAAUGUAUAUAAGGAAAGGGGUCAAUUACCCGAAGCCCUAGAAAAUUAUCGGCACGCCGUUAGACUGAAACCAGAUUUCAUUGACGGUUAUAUUAAUUUGGCUGCAGCUUUAGUAGCUGCGGGUGAUAUGGAACAAGCGGUACAGGCCUACAUAACAGCUUUACAAUACAAACCAGAUCUCUACUGUGUUCGUAGCGAUUUGGGAAAUCUUCUAAAAGCUCUAGGUCGUUUAGACGAGGCUAAAGCUUGUUACUUGAAGGCAAUCGAAACUAGACCUGAUUUUGCCGUCGCCUGGAGUAAUCUGGGAUGUGUUUUUAACGCGCAAGGCGAAAUUUGGUUGGCGAUACAUCAUUUCGAGAAGGCCGUCGGUUUGGAUCCGAAUUUUUUGGACGCUUACAUCAACCUGGGCAACGUACUGAAGGAAGCCAGGAUAUUUGACCGAGCGGUAGCAGCCUAUUUACGCGCAUUGAAUUUAUCGCCUAACAAUGCCGUCGUACACGGGAACCUCGCUUGCGUCUAUUACGAACAAGGACUCAUCGAUUUGGCUAUCGAUACAUAUAGAAGAGCCAUUGAACUUCAACCGAACUUCCCCGAUGCUUAUUGCAAUUUAGCGAACGCUCUCAAAGAAAAAGGUCAAGUUUCCGAAGCCGAAGAAUGUUAUAAUACAGCUUUACGUUUGUGUCCAACCCACGCCGAUUCUUUGAACAAUUUAGCAAAUAUUAAGAGGGAACAGGGUUAUAUUGAAGAAGCUACCAGAUUGUAUUUGAAAGCUUUGGAAGUAUUUCCGGAAUUCGCUGCAGCCCAUAGUAACCUGGCGUCCGUUCUACAACAACAGGGUAAAUUAAAUGAAGCCCUUAUGCAUUACAAAGAGGCCAUCAGGAUCCAACCAACUUUUGCCGAUGCUUAUUCUAAUAUGGGAAAUACACUGAAAGAAAUGCAAGACGUAUCAGGUGCUCUCCAAUGUUAUACGCGCGCUAUACAAAUAAAUCCCGCUUUCGCGGACGCGCACAGUAAUCUAGCGAGCAUCCACAAAGAUUCCGGAAAUAUACCGGAAGCUAUACAAUCUUAUAGAACGGCGUUGAAAUUGAAACCGGAUUUUCCGGACGCUUAUUGCAAUUUGGCUCAUUGUUUGCAGAUAGUUUGCGAUUGGACGGACUACGAUACGAGAAUGAAAAAAUUGGUGAAUAUAGUCGCCGAUCAAUUAGAAAAGAACCGUCUUCCUUCGGUGCAUCCCCAUCAUUCGAUGUUGUAUCCUUUAUCGCACGAAUUUCGAAAAGCUAUAGCCGCUAGACACGCCAAUUUAUGUUUGGAAAAAAUCAACGUCCUACAUAAAUACGCGUACAAAUUUUCCACUGAAUUGAAAGGUCGUUUGAGAAUCGGUUACGUGAGCAGCGAUUUUGGUAAUCAUCCGACGUCCCAUUUGAUGCAAUCGGUUCCCGGUAUGCACGACAAGACUAAAGUAGAAGUAUUUUGUUACGCUUUGAGUCAAGACGACGGUACGACAUUCCGAAGUAAAAUAUCCAGAGAAGCGGAACAUUUUAUCGAUUUAUCGUCUCUGCCUUGUAACGGAAAAGCCGCCGAUCGAAUUUACGCGGAUAACAUACAUAUUUUGGUAAAUAUGAACGGAUAUACUAAAGGAGCUCGAAACGAAAUAUUCGCUUUACGGCCGGCACCGGUUCAAGUGAUGUGGUUGGGAUACCCUGGAACGAGCGGCGCGAGUUUUAUGGAUUAUUUAAUCACCGACGCGGUAACCUCGCCGAUAGAAUUGGCGAGUCAGUAUAGCGAAAAAUUGGCUUUUAUGCCUUACACUUAUUUCGUCGGCGAUCACAAACAGAUGUUUCCUCAUUUGAAAGAACGUUUGAUCGUUAGCGAUAAAACCGGUCAAAAUCUAGCCGAUAACGUGGCUAUAAUAAACGCCACCGAUUUAUCGCCGUUAGUAGAAAAUACCGACGUUAAAGAAAUAAAGGAGAUAGUAAAAGCGGCUAAACCGGUUGAAAUUAGUCUUAAAGUAGCCGAAUUACCGACGACUACACCGAUAGAAAAUAUGAUAGCUUCCGGUCAGAUACAAACCUCUUUAAACGGCGUCGUAGUUCAAAACGGUUUAGCGACGACGCAAACUAAUAAUAAAGCGGCUACAGGAGAAGAAGUACCGCAAAAUAUCGUUAUAACGACGCGACAACAGUACGGUUUACCCGACGACGCUAUCGUCUAUUGUAACUUUAAUCAAUUAUACAAAAUCGAUCCGAUGACUCUCCAUAUGUGGGUGAACAUAUUGAAAGCAGUACCAAACGCGGUGUUGUGGUUGUUACGUUUCCCCGCUGUCGGCGAACCGAAUUUAUUGAAUACCGCGCAACAUCUCGGUUUACCUGCCGAAAAGAUUAUAUUCAGUAACGUCGCCGCUAAAGAGGAGCACGUUAGGAGGGGACAAUUGGCCGACGUUUGUUUGGAUACUCCUUUGUGUAACGGACAUACGACCAGUAUGGAUGUAUUGUGGACUGGAACUCCGGUGGUUACUUUGCCGGGUGAAACUUUAGCGUCGAGAGUGGCGGCUAGUCAACUUAAUACUUUGGGAUGUCCCGAAUUGAUCGCCAGGUCGAGACAGGAAUAUCAAGAUAUAGCUAUUAGAUUAGGAACCGAUAGAGAAUAUUUGAAAGCGAUGAGGCAUAAAGUUUGGACGGCGAGAACGUAUUCACCAUUAUUCGAUUGCAAACAAUACGCCCAAGGUCUGGAAUUACUUUAUAGCAAAAUGUGGGAACGUUUUUCCGCAGGACUAAAACCGGAUCACAUUACAGAUACAACUGCCAACAAAAAUAAGUAACUAAACGUUGCGGCAGGUGAUUUUUAAACGAGUAUGUUUUUCCAUUAGUCGGUUCGAUGUUAAAAUGAACAAUUUGGUUAUUUAAAAUGGGACUUUGCUACAUUUCAAAAGUUUCGCAAGGAUUGUUUAUUUUUUUUAUAUAUAUAUAUAUAUGAAAUGUGUGACUAUUUUAUAGAAUGUGUUUGUAAUUCGGAAAUUUUUAUUCGAAAUAUAACUGGAUCGUCGAGUUUAGUUUAUUUAAGAACGAUAUAUCCUUUCAAUUCCAUUUUUGCUCAUCUAUAUAUUGAUAGAAUACAUUCUAUAAAUGUCCAGCUGUGAUACUUUUUUUUGUAAUUGUUGGCAGUUAAUUUUAAAUACCAAAUAUUGAAUCGAUCGGUUUUUCAGUACCAAAUGUCACUUUAACAACAUUUUGUUGUAUUUUUAUUUUUGCUAUACUAGAUCCACAACUUCUAUGGUUUUAAUGACAUUAUAGAACUUGAAACAUGUAUGUAGAAAUAUUCUUUUAAAAAAAUAUCUAAAUUCUACCCUAGUUUUUGAAAUAAUUAAAAUUUACUCAUAAAAAAAACUCUACGUUACUUAUUCUAGAUCUGCAUUAAAAAUUAGUACCUAUUGUUAUUGAUGCUGAUAACUUGCUAAUUUCAUUAGGUAAAUAUCUGCUGAUUCUCACUGAAAUCCAAUAAAUCCACCAAUCCAAAUGACAGAUUUGUUGUAGAACUGUCAGAGCAUAAUUACAGGCUUACGUGACUAGUAUUAGAUUUAAAGUUGAUAAUCUGCAUUCAAAAAAUUAUCGUCCAUUGUUAUUGAUGAUGAUAGUGUGCUGAUUUCAUUCGGUGAAUAUCUGCCGAUACUCGAUAAACUCCUAUCCCAGUGAUACAUUUUUAUAUAACUGUCAAAACCUUGUCAACAACUUAAAUGUCAUUAAAAAUACCAAAUAGGUCUAAUAGAUGGCGCUAUAUAGCAACUUUAACUUUUUAAAUGGCUAAACCGGUAAAAUUAAAUUCGGUUUUACGAUUUAGAACGUUGUGGAUCGAUUAUAGCGACAUGCUGUAUAUUUGAAUUGUACUUUUGCAUUUUGGUAAAAAAAUUAGCUCUGAUGACGUGCUUCAUGUUGUAUAUAUAUAUAUUUUUUUUGGGCUCUAGGCUACAAAAUGUAAAGUGCAUUUGAUGAUAUAGGUUUUUAAGUCGAAUAUAUACAUUAUAAUUUAUACUGAUAAGUUAUUAAUAAAUUAUUUUAUGCUGAA